AUGACGUCCAUGAAGGGAUUGGCCUUGGUGGCGCUUGCCCUCGCCUGCCUGGCCUGUGCCAAUGCCCAGCGCUGCGAUAUGCCGCAGGAGUUUGAGGCUCGGGUCGUGCGCUUUGACCCCGAUCGCCGUUACUACCACAACCACACCUCCCAGUACCGUAGCUACGGCGCGUACGCCUAUGAUGGUGUUGAACUGCGCAUCUGGCGCCGCGAGGACAUCACUGUUGGUGACUCGGCCACUGAUCGUGUGGAGGUGCUGGAGCUGUACAAGAGCCAAAAGGCCUACGUGACCAACCUCACCACUGGCAAGUGCACCAGCUACAACAUUAACUUCCCCUUCCGCCACCACGACAUCAACCCCAACGCACGUUUUGUCGGCUACGAGACCCUUGGCAACUCGGAAGACUCAAUCACCCUCAGCCAGUGGGUUGCGGUGAACCAAACCUACCACGGUGAACCCGGGGCUCAUGUCUACCAGACCUUCACCCAAGAGUGCGUCCCCGUGCGCGACGACGUCAUGGUGCCUGACUCAGGCUUCCACUAUGAGGAGUUUACCGAUGUCACCCUCGGCGUCCAGGACCCCAACAUCUGGAUCCCUCCUGCCGACUGCCACUCGGCUUAAGCAUCUUGCCAACACCAACUGUGUCUCGCUGCCACCAUCAAGACCCAGAGCCGAUAAUUGCUUUUCUUGACCAGUGACAUGCAAGUGUUUCAAAGCCCUGCUUUCAAUUGCACAUUGGCAGAUG